CUCCCAGGCAGGCAGCCGCGGCGAGGAGCACGGAGCAGCCCGGGCAGGCACCGGGACGGGGUCCGGUGGUACCGGGCGGGAGGAGCAGGCGAUGGGGUUGGUCACCAUGAGCCUUUUGUCAUGUGAGUUCAUCUUCAUUUUCCUUUUUCCCCAAGUUUUGCUGGUGUUGGGUAUGCAGGAAAUCCACGCUGAUCGGGAGAUGAUCAGCAAGGCCUCAGCUGCUGGCCAGUUGAUGCAGUGCUCUGCUCCAUUAGAUGUCCUUUUCCUCUUGGAUGGCUCCUACAGCAUUGGCAAAGGAAGUUUUGAAAGGUCUAAGCACUUUGCAGGCAAGCUCUGUGAUGCCUUGGACAUCCAUCCAGACAGGGUCCGUGUUGGAAUGAUACAGUUUAGCUCAACUCCCCACCUUGAGUUCCCACUGGAUUCAUAUCUGACCAAACAAGAAGUGAAAGAGAAAAUCAGGAGUAUUGUGUUCAGAGGUGGGAGGACAGAGACAGCUCGGGCUCUGAAAUACAUCCUCCGGAAAGGAUUCCCUGGUGGCAGAAACUCCAGUGUCCCUGAAGUCCUGAUCAUCAUUUCAGAUGGGAAGUCCCAGGGCAGCACCAUGAUGCCUGCAAUGCAGGUGAAGGAGAGACACAUCAUGGUUUUUGCAGUGGGAAUCAAGUUUCCAAGGUGGGAGGAGCUGCAUGUGCUGGCGAGUGAGCCCACCGAGCAGCAUGUGCUCUUUGCUGGAGAUGCUGAGGAUGCUGCCAAUGGCCUGUACAGCACCCUCACUGCCUCUGUCUGCAGCACCACUGCCCCAGGCUGCAAAGUUGAAUCCCACCCUUGUGAACUCAGAACCCUGGAGACUGUGAAAGAGCUGGCUGGAAACCAUGUGUGCUGGAAAGGCUCAAAGCAGCCAAAUGUUGUGCAUGCCUCUCUGUGCCCUUUCUACAGAUGGAAGAGAGUCGUGUUAAAACACCCAUCCAGAUGCUUCCGAACUGUUUGUCCAGACCCUUGUGACUCCCAGCCAUGCCAGAACGGGGGCACGUGUGUCCCAGAAGGGCUGGAAAAAUACCACUGCCUCUGCCCUGUGGGAUAUGGAGGAGACAUCCACUGUGCACCAAAGCUGAGCCUGGAGUGCAGUGUGGAUCUCCUUUUCCUGAUGGACAGCUCGGCAGGGGUGACACUGGAAGGGUUCCUGCGUUACAAAGCAUUCCUCAAAAGGUUCCUCCAAGCAGUGAUGGGCCAGGACUCACCCAGCAGUGUGGGGGUGGCCCAGUAUGAUGAUGAUGUCAGGAUACCCAUUGAAGUGGGCCAGCACAAGGAUGCAUUCAGUCUCAUGAAAAGCAUCGAUGCUUUGAAUUUCGGUGGAGGAGGAACCCUGACGGGCAGAGCCCUGCAGUACAUUGCACAGCAUGGUUUUAGGAGCACCCCAGCCUUGGAGGAUGUGCAGGAGGAUCUGCCACGUGUGGUUGUCUUGCUCACUGACUCCAAGUCUCAGGAUCCCGUGGCAGAGGGUGCCAAAUAUGCAAGGGACCAAGAUCUCUUCUUGAUCGGUGUGGGCAGCAGCUUCUUGAGAGCAGAGCUGACUGAGGUUACUGGCAACCCAAAGCAGACAAUUGUCUACUCAGACCCCCAGGACCUGUUCAAUAGGAUCCCAGAGCUACAGAGAAGAAUCUGCAGUGUGGACAAGCCUGAAGGCUGCCAGGCCCAGUCUCUUGAUUUGGCAUUUGCAGUGGAUGCCUCAGGUGGAGUUGGCGUGGACAAUUUUCUGCAGCUGAGGGACUUUGUCAGGAGCAGCUUUUUGCACUUCAGCAUCAACCGGGAUGUCACCCAAAUUGCCCUCGUGGUCUAUGGCAGCAAAGCUCACACUGUGUUUGCUUUGGACACCCACACAAGCAAUUCAGCUCUCCUCCAAGCCAUUGACCAAGUGCCUUUCUUUGGGGACUCAGCCUCUGCUGGAAGUGCCUUGCUGCAUAUUUAUGGUGAUGUGAUGACAGUGCAGAAGGGAGCAAGACCUGGUGUCAACAAGGCAGUGGUGGUGCUCACAAAUGGAGGGGGCAUGGAGGAUGCAGCUGGCCCAGCUCAGCAGCUGAGGGACAAUGGCAUCUUGGUGUUUGUGGUUGUGGUUGGGGAGGCACAGAGGGACAUGCUGCUGAGGGUUGCUGGGUCUCCCAACUACCUGGUCCAUAUCUCCUCCUUUGAAGACCUGCAGCAUUACCAAGACCUUAUCAUUGAAAGGAUCUGUGAAGAAGCAAAAAGUCCUGUGAACCUGUGCAAACCCAACCCCUGCAUGAACCAGGGCGUGUGCAUCCUUGGGCCUGGGAGCUACCGGUGUGAGUGCCAUGGCUGGGAAGGACCCCACUGUGAGACCAGAGUUGUCCGGGGUGAUUCUCCAAGAUCCCUGGUCCUUCCUCCACACUCCCACAUGCAGCAGAGUUCAAGGGGUUUGCAGCACUUCUCCAGAGUUCCCUGGCACACCAAGAGGCAGGUGAAGCAGAGACACUGACCCAGAUGUACCCAAUGCUCCAGUUCUCUGACCAUGAAGUUCCUGCAUUGCACAAACUCUGCAUC